GUGUCACGAGCCGGAAAAUUCGGGUGAAGGUCGCACAGCACAGCCGUCAAUCGAACCAGGGGAGGCUGAAUCCGCCAUGGGAAUUGCUCGAAAAAUAUGUGAGCUCGGCAGUCAGCAUCUCGACGAACAAACCACUUCAGCCAUUCCGGGUUACUCCGCCACUAACAGCGCGCCACUGGCACAAGAAAGCAUUGCGGACUAUCGACGUCCAAUCUCAUCCAUCCUCGGCCAGCCGUUCCCUUCCACAGACCUCGUACAUACCCUCCUAGGCGAGUAUUUUGAUGCUGUGCAUUGGUUCUCGCUGGUGAUCUACGAACCUAGGUUUCGGAGGAAUCUCGAUUCUAUCGCCGACGGUUGCGCAGAUCCCGCUCAACGCCCCUUUCUUCUGCUGCUAGCAGUCAUGCUCGGUAUGGCGGCGUGGUACCGGUCACGACGUGGUGGUCCGGACACCCACAGUGAUAAUGACUGGGCCCAAUGGAGUGCUGAUCUGUUCAAGCUUGUCGAGUCCAAUUUGGUGGAGAUGAUGGACCAGCCGUCUGUACUCGCCGCUCAGACCUGCAUCCUCAUCGGAUCGCACAACCUUUAUCACGGUCGUCCGAAUUUGUCCUUCACCCUUCUCGGGGCUACCAUCAAGAUGGCACACGCGAUCGGCUUGCACCGGGAGCCAACCCUAGGAGACGUCGAUGAGAUUGAAGAAAGAAAGAGGGUGUGGUGGACAAUCUAUACGUGGGACCGGUUUGCGUCCAUCACCUAUGGAACCCCGUUGGGCAUCAACGACAAAGAUUGCAAUCUGAGCAUGCCGACCGAUAUUUACGAGGAUCCAUCGUUUGGGGCGACAGGAUCCGUCCACAGUGAGCCGAUCUGUUAUUCACCGUACCAACGGGAGUUGAACCGACUCUAUCUGAUCGUAUCGCCCGCGCUGGAAACAAUCUUCGGCUCUCGGACUUCACGAACAUCCCAGGAGUUGGUGGGCGAUACCUUCGUAACUUUGGUCAAGCAGGCGACCGAGAAUUUGCAAGAGUGGAGGCGUAGUCUACCCAGCCACUUGGUUCUCGACCUCCAGUACGACUUUCAGAUGGAUGGCCGGCAGAGCUCCAAAGCGCACGUCCUCCAGGCCCUGGCCCUGCAGCUGACAUACGACAACAUUCUUAUAGUCCUCCACCGUCCUCUGAUUGCGCGGCAGGUCGAUCACCUCUCUACGAACAAGCUCUCACCCGGAGGAAGCGAGGUUGAUCCCACGGCGUUUCUGACACCGCCCUUAUCCUCAGAGACCCCAUCUCGCUCACCCUUUGAAGGCACCCUUUUGAAGCCACAGACCGCCAGCUCCGAAUUCUGGAUGAAGGCCGCCGUCCGGACGUCGAGGGUAACGGAACUACCGGUGCUCGCCCAGCUGGCUACGGACAGCCACCUGGUUGCUUUUCUAGCUAUUAAUCUGUUCAACGCCGCCAUUGUGUUGGCCGUGAUGGCACUGUCGAAUCCGUUGUCAGACACAGCGCAGGAAGUCAAGCGGACCAUGACUCGCAUCCUACGGCUGCAGGACGUUUUAGGCAAGCGGUCGGCCCUGUCGAAACAGAGUACGCAUGUUCUGAAGAAGGUCAUCACGAUGCUCCUGCGCCGAGAGUCUGCCGCCAUGCUGGCUCCCUUGACAGGGACCACUACGUUCCUGGAUUAUGAUUCCAAUGGACAGGUGCCUUCUGAACCCCAUCUUAUGUCCGUGGAAGAUACACUGCGGCUACCACUGGAUGCGCCCUUGGACUUGUCUGAACCCCUGGGUGUCAAUCAAGAGGGGUCAGAUGUCGUUCGUACUCAUCGGCUGAACGAUAGCCUAACCUCCGUUCAAUAUGUAAUGGUGCCUGGGCAUGAUUGCACUCUCCAUGUUCCAGUUUUCGGGGACAGCCAACGGCAGCAUAUGCCUGCGUAUACUAGCAUGCCGCCGCCGGAUUUAUGGCAACCUGACCAGAACCUCUGGCAAGGUUCUAGUGGCUCCCCAACCGCCCGAGAAGAGGGCCAUUACGCCAAUGUUCAAAAUGGACUCUACUGGCUAUGGGAUACCACUUGGAAUGGGCUCUAGUUGUG